UGAAUUUUUUAAAAAAACCGUUCAUAGUUGGAGGAUUUCUUUUCGAAAGCACUUGGAAAAGUGAACAUUUUUAAUGCUUUGUUAAAAGAGCGUUCUUAAAAAAUCAGAGAAGUGAGAACCACAACAUAAUCAGAAAGAGAAGAUGUGGCGGUUCGUCUUUUCUUCUUACUUCGUCUUCAUUGUAUGCUUGGACGGUACUUAUGGCCAGUCCCAUUCUCCUUUACAUCCCUACCGAGGACCCAAAGAUAGAUCUGGAAUAUUUUCCACCAUCAAAGAUUAUGCAAUAAGUUUGGUAUUCAAGACUCUGCAAGUAUUCGACGCCUUUGCUUGUGUGUCAGCAUGUCUCAGGGAACCCAGCUGUCAAUCAGUCAACUUUGGUACCUCAGGACAUCCCAAGCACCUUUGCGAGCUCAGUCAAAAAUCUCUAAAAUGCAGUCCUGUCUAUAAAGAGCACAGACCAGGAUUUAUUCAUUAUUUUCUAGAGGUUAAAUAUGGUGACUCAUGCAGAAAUGUACCGUGUAAAAAUGGAGCGACUUGUGAACCAGCUUGUGACGAACCAGGGUUUCGAUGUAAAUGUGGAGCAUUCAACACAGGUCAAUACUGCCAGUUAUGGACCGUUGAUGUGUCUUCUUGUAAAGAUAUCCUAAGCAAAACAAGCUAUCGUACGGACAUGGCCUACUCGUACAUGAUCGACAACAAACAAACAGAUAUAUAUUGUCAUUUGUCAAGCGAUCUGUGUGGAAGUAGGGGGUGGACGCUAGCUAUGAAGACUGACGGCUCAAAGAACACAUUUAUUUUCUCGUCAGCCUUGUGGUCUGACAAGACAGCGUAUAAUCUAUCAGCAGGUAAAACCGGUUUUGACAAUCACGAGACCAAGAUGCCCAGCUACUGGGUUAUGCCUUUCCAGAGCUUGUGUGUCGGUAUGAAAGUCGGGAACAACUUGAACUGGGCUCUCAUUCCUUAUCCAGCUUCUUCCUUGUAUGACGCCAUUGUUGGAAAUCACACUUUCACCAUCGGUCGAAACAAAUGGAUGUCCCUGAUUGAUGGUUCCUCGUUACAGCAAAACUGUAAUGCAGAAGGUUUCAAUGUUGGAAAAGAGGGUUUGGAUUGGGUGUCUGCGCGCAUAGGCGUGGUUGCAAAUGACCAAAAUGAUUGUGACACCCCAGAUAGUAGCAUUGGUUUUGGUAUUGGUUUCAGUACUUUGACGUGUGGAAAUCGCUGCAGCGGAUUAGGAUGUAGUAACGGAGAGAAAAACGUAGCGGCGUUUGGAUACAUCUUAAUCAAGUAAAUCAUYCCUAUUACGUGCGAUCUUACCUAUUCAAAAAUCGCUUCAUUAUCAUGUUAAUGGGCUCCCUGUAUUAUAAUAAUCGUAUAAUGUACGAAAUGUAUGCGCAUGCGCGUUGCAAACACUAGAAACAUUCUAUAUACCGAUAAAAACAAACAUACAUCGGUUUAUACGUUAAAAUAGCUAAUUUUGAUAUUUGUUUAAACCAUGAGCAUUUUUCAUAAGAAGCAGGUGAUCCCGCGAUUUUACCCACGACCACUUUUUUUGCUUUUUACUAUUCUAUUUGUAAAAUCAAAGUUCAAAAAAGGUAUUUAAAUUUUCAUUAUAUUUUAAGCUUUUCCCGUGAGCUCAGUGGAGGAACCCACAACAGCUUUCGCCAAUUACUUUUAGCGCCGUGCGACGGCCCAUAUGCGUAUGAUAUAUGAUAUGCUUGUGUUGAUUAAUAUAAAUAUAUAAUAUUGAUAUUGAUAUAUGCGGCAAUGAGUAAUUAAUGAGUAAU